GAGGAGACAGCCAGCCACUUGGAAGAGAAGCUGGGAGUUUUUCAGGAGUGCUGGCUCAAGUGGGAGCUGGUGACCUUGAUGCAGGUCCGGCGCGCGCUGCUGCGCGAGUACCCCGGCGAUCUGCCGCAGGCGACACCGGAUGCGUUGGAAUUGGCAUUCAUUCUCCCUCCUUCCUUGGGAAGAAGUUACUGGGUUUUUGGAGGUUCAUACCCCUCACCCAAGGCCGGGGCCACGCUGGUGGUCUACAAGGACUUGCUGGUGCUGUUCGGGGGGUGGACGCGGCCGAGCCCGUACCCUCUGCACCAGCCAGAGAGGUUCUUUGAUGAAAUCCAUACGUACUCCCCCUCCAAAAACUGGUGGAACUGCAUCGUCACCACCCACGGCCCCCCUCCCAUGGCUGGGCACUCCUCCUGUGUCAUUGAAGACAAAAUGAUCGUCUUCGGGGGUUCGCUAGGAUCUCGGCAAAUGAGCAACGACGUCUGGGUGCUGGACCUCGAGCAGUGGGCUUGGUCCAAGCCCAACAUCUCUGGGCCCAGCCCUCACCCACGCGGUGGGCAGUCUCAGAUCGUAAUAGACAGCGAAACCAUUUUGAUCCUCGGGGGCUGCGGAGGUCCCAAUGCACUGUUCAAAGACGCCUGGCUGCUGCACAUGCACGCGAACCCCUGGACGUGGCAGCCGCUCAAGGUGGAGAACGAAGACCACGGAGCCCCGGAGCUGUGGUGCCAUCCCGCCUGCAGGGUGGGACAGUGUGUUGUGGUCUUCAGCCAAGCUCCCAGCGGGAGAGCCCCGCUGAGUCCCAGCCUGAACUCUCGUCCUUCUCCCAUCAGCGCCACGCCGCCCGCCCUGGUCCCCGAAACGCGGGAAUAUCGCUCUCAGUCUCCCGUCAGGAGCACGGACGAGGCUCCCUGCGUCAAUGGCCGCUGGGGCACCUUGCGACCCAGAGCGCAGCGGCAAACCCCGUCG